AUGGAGGUUGAUCAUCAUUCAAGGCAUGGUUCCCCUAACAAAGCCGGGGGUACAACCAAAUCAUUCUCCUGCCUCUAUUGCUCUAGAAAGUUCCACAGCUCGCAAGCUUUGGGCGGGCAUCAAAACGCCCACCGGAAAGAACGAACGGCAGCCGGGAAAGGCCAAAGGGCAGUUUCGUCAUCUUCGUCUUCUUCCUGCGACUACACGCUAAUGGCCCCACAGCCUUUCAUCUUCUCCCCAAACUACCCUUUCGGCAUUUUUGGCCACUCGGCUUAUAUAAGCGCCGGCCAUGGUGGCGCUUUCUGCCCCUAUGAUCAGAGCCCUCAGAUGAUAAACGGGUUGGGGCCGAAUGUGGGGCCCACGUUCGAGAACGUUGUGGUCUACGAUGGUGGGAGGUACUUUGAAAACGAGUUGAGAGUUUGGGUAGUCUUUGCCGGUUGGCAUGGAUGGAUAAACAAGAGCUUUGAUAUUUUGCUUAAGAAAAUAAUGACAGAUGCGGAUGUCAGCAUCGGGACGGGUCGAGAUGGCUACGAGGAGGGUGGAUAUGGUUGUUUCGCUGGACAUAAUCGAGCGGGGAGAGAACGAGGACCAUGGGUGAUCGACAACGACGGAGAGGCUGCUGAAGGCGAUGGAGGUUGCGGCGGUGCAGGCGCUCUUGGUGAGUACAGGGUGAGGAUGGGGGGCGAUGGUGGCGAGCGGCACGAUGGUGGUGGGCGGCGCUGGAUGAGGCAAGUCUCGAUUUGGGAUCGCCAGUUCAGAUUCGCAUUUAUACGAAUCGGAACCGGCCUCGGUUCUGGGUCGGUUCAGUGUUGA